AUGCUUUCACGCAUUGGUUGGACCAAAUGGACAACAGCUGGACCCACAAUUGAAGCCUGCAUCGCUCAUGGAGGACGUAUAUCAACACCACCGCAUGUGUGCGUUGCUCUUGUAUCCAAGUCCUUUCCCGAUUACACAGCAGUGACGCGAUCGAUUGCUGAAUACCUACGACCGACGUAUACUAUUGGAUGUGUAGUGGAUCAUGUACCAGGAGUGAAGCAUGGUAUCAGCUUGAUGACGACAAGUGACGAACGCGUGGUACCGUUUCAUGUGCCUGAUAGUCCUGAGCGGCAUAAAAUACGCAACAUCUCUGUGGGUCGUUGGGGACGUCAAGACUUGACAGGCGAGUGGAUCCAAUUUGGAUCUAUCAGCAAGCCAUCACAAGAAUUCCGCUUACCUUCCACAUUACAACAACAAAAGGAGCAUCCAUCAUUCGUCUUUGUUGCAUCCGAUAAUGAACCCGAUCAACUCUUGCAUUCCCUCGAUCAUCAUUUCCCUCAAUCGACCAAGAUUGGUAUCAUUGGUGCAUCCACUCCUUUUGUCACUGGAAAUCCCUUUGCUCUAUUCUGUCAACAAGAAAUGCUCAGCGCUGGCAUGGUGGGAUUCGCUGCAUAUGAUAACAACAUGGGUCAAGACAUCUCGAUUGAGCAUCCAUCAUUGGAAACUUUGGGUGAGCCAAUGACCAUCACAAGGUGCCGAGGCAACAUUAUUCUGGAUUUGGAUCAAGCGGGUGCCACGGGGUUGUUGUUGGAGCUGAUUAAGCAAGGACAAAGUGCACGCAUUGCAAAGGAUCAAGAAUUCUAUUUGGGCAUCUAUCCACCAGGAACUCAAGAUCCAUCACAGAUGUCAGUCAAUCGUGUAACAAGUGGUGAUCCAUCUCGUGGUAACAUGUCCAUUGACACCACCGCUGAUCUUCAAGUAGGACAAAUCGUGCAGUUCAUGAAGCGGAAACCAAUCGAGCAUCCAGUAUUGGGCACAGGAGAUAGCAUAUUUGGUGUUGUGGAUAAGGACCAUACCAUUGAUACACAUCGCGUUGCCAUGCCACAGGAGGCAAAGUCGUUACCUGAUGUAUUUGGAGGAGCGAGUGAAAACGGCAUUAUUGUAGGUAGACCUGGACUUGCUAGCUCAAUCCUUGAUGUUCCCUAUUCUAUAGCCAGGUUUGUAAUGUAG